UCAUCACCUCACCAUCACUUCAUUUACCUCCAUUAUUAUUCUUUUCUCCUCCACUACUUUACUUUCUCCACAUUCAUUAUCUUAACAAAAAUCUCACAAACCCAACCACAAUGCCUUCCCAACAUUUCCUCACUUUGUUCUUCUUCCUUCUCAUAUCUUGCAACACACUCACUACUUCAACUUCAUCAGAAAAACAAGACACUUUCGAUUUUGUUCGUCCGAUAGAUCGCAAAUUGUUAGGCCUAAACAAGAAAGAAAAGCUAAGUCAUUUCAGAUUCUAUUGGCAUGACGUCUUGAGUGGAAAAAAUCCAACUUCGGUUGCAAUUAUUCCACCAUCAUCAAAAGUAAACUCAACCACCGCUUUUGGUUUGGUUAACAUGAUUGACAACCCUUUAACUUUAGGACCAGAACUGAGUUCUAAGCUUGUUGGAAGAGCUCAAGGAUUCUAUGCAUCUGCUUCACAAGAAGAACUAGGUUUUCUUAUGACAAUGAAUUUUGCUUUCAUUGAAGGAAAGUAUAAUGGUAGUACUCUUACUAUCGUAGGGAGGAAUCCUGCCAUUAAUUUGGUUAGGGAGAUGCCUGUUGUUGGUGGUAGUGGACUUUUCAGAUUUGCUAGAGGAUAUGCUCAAGCUAAUACUCAUUGGAUUGAUUUCAAAACUGGGGAUGCUUGUGUUGAGUACAAUGUUCAUGUUUUUCACUAUUGAUUGUUGAUUAUUGUUGUUGUUUUCCAUUAAAAAAAUUGUUGUUAGAGUUAUGUUUAUUUUAGAACCCACUAGAAUUGGUCUGGUGGUAUUGACUUGAGACCUGAAAGUAUUCUUCUUCUUGAGGUCUUAGGUUCAAUUCUCUAUGGACUAAUUUAGCUUAUUCAAAAAAGUUAUGUUUAUUUGAGUGUUUGUGCAACUGUGUUGUAAUAUUUUGCAAAAUACUAACAAAUAUUUAAAGAGA